AUGGAGAAGAUGCCCCAACCCAGCAACAGAACGCGGCGCAUCCCCAACAUCCGAGAGGCGAAGACCUGCAAGACCUGCGUGUCAUGUCGUGUCAAGAAGGUCCGCUGCUGCGGCACACGCCCCAGGUGUACCGAGUGUGUCAAUGAUGAUCUUGACUGCGCUUACCCUCAAGAUGCGCGGAGCCAGCCCCGGCCGUCUCGGGCGCGGCUCCGGACCCUCGAAGCAACGGUGACCAACAUGCUGGAAUACAUGAAGGCAUCUGGCAUCGCGGCCCCAGAUUCCCGGCCUGAGCAAUGGAUCUCUGGCGCCCACCCUGUCGUCGGGCUCGGCGCGCCGUCAUUUCGCAGUCCCCCAGCUUCGAGGCAAGGGCUCCUUGAGUUGGCUUCCGUUGCAGCUGGCACACACGACAUGGACGCCCAGGCGGAGUCAACACCGGCGCCUCUGCUACAACCGAGCGAUCAGAACGCACCAACAUCUAUUCCAGCCACUCUAGGGGAGCCCGGAGAGGAACACCGUCCUGUGGUUCAUUUCAAUGCUGCAAGCCCUCAAGUCAGCCCUUGCGACGAUGACCUGACUGGUGGAAAUUACUUCGAUGGCUCAGGACUGAGUGUCGACGGAUCGCCAUCAAAUCCAAACAGCUCAGAAGGCCGUGCUCGCCAAAACAGGGGUACCGAAGCGACAAGUACUGCCAGUCUCUCGCCAGGAGAGGCGCGGCUGGCCGCAAUUCUUCGCGAUGAUGGGUGCAUUUCCUCGGUACACGGCCUAACCAGCGUCCUCAAUCAUAUGCCCAGGAGAGAACCAACCCAGAAACGCUCCAACGAACCGAUACAAGAGCUUGUUUCUGCUGCUGUCAAGGCUCGUCUCAUCAGCUACGCGGCAUUACAGAGUCAGCGUGAAAGCUGGAUCUACAACCAACCACGAAUCAAGGUUGAUUUUGAUGAGUGUGAUCCCGGUUUGGCCAAGCAUCUUCUCGAUCUUCAUUUCAAUCGCUUUCAUUAUGCCUACCUCAUAUCCUACCGCCCAGCCAUUAUUGAUAGCUUGGCGAGCGGUGGAGGCCCGUGGGUCAACAACCUGCUUCUCAAUGCGAUCUUCUACUCCAGCUCCCUGUUCAGCGACAGGUCGUGUCUUCAGGCAGACCCCGAUGAUCCUCAGAGCAUUGGAGCGCAUUUCUAUGAUCGUUUUUGCCAGUUAUUGGGCAAAGAACUGUCGAAACCGCCGAGUAUUCCCACUGCUGCGGCCCUGCUUCUGACCAGUUCUUCUCUUGUGUCUCACGGACGAUCGAGUGCUGGAUGGAAUCUUUCCGGGCUUGCCUACCGUAUGGUGAUCGACCUCGGCUGUCAUCUUACUCUGGAAUCAAGCUCUGGUACCGAAUCGGGAGGACAUUCUGAAAACACAACACAUUUCAAUGAUGUUGAACAGGAGAUGAGGAAGAGGCUCUACUGGGGCGCCAUGGCAAUCGAUGCCACCCAGGCUUUGUUCCUCGGACGUCCUUGCAUGUUAGCCCCGAUAGAAGCCAGAGUACCGCUUUCAUUUCUGGACACCUUCGAGGAGCUGGAGAAGUGGGAACCGUACAUCGAUCCCGAGACACCGUCUAGUCGUCCCCCAGCAUAUACGCCUCAGCCAGCGUAUGGAGUAUCCACCUUCAUUGCUCUCUCACGUCUUUUCCAAAUCGCUACGCGAAUUAUCCAGUUGUAUGGAAUCAAUGCCAUAAGAUCUAGAAAAGACUACAUCCAGCAAGAGUUGAUGGAAAGCGAUCAAGCACUCCAGCACUGGAGUGCGUCGCUGCCGAAUCACCUUCGUUUCGAUCCGGACGGCCCUUCAAUACCUCCACCGCAUCAGAUUGUACUUCAUGCCGCAUUCCAUGCCCUGACUAUCCUUCUCCAUCGAGCAUUCUUGGAGAAUGGCCAUCUUUGGCACCAUUCCAACGACAGCAUACGGCGGCGCAGCGAAGAUACAUGCACCCAGAGCGCGCUCAGCAUCGGAAAAUACGUGCGAUGCUACCGCGAUACCUUCACCUUGCGCGGCGCGCCAUUUAUGUUGUCCUAUGCGGCGUACUCAGCAGUGGUCAUCAUCCUCGAUCGAGAGCGGCACAGACGGGGUGACUACGUAAAGCUGAUAUCAUUCUACUGGACCUGCUUGAGUGAAUUGCAACAGGGGUGCAACUUUGGAAUGAAGAAGCCAUUGACUGUACUGAAGGAUAUGGUCCGCGAGUACGAGAUCAGUGUCAAGGAGACAGGCACAGGCCGGCCUGAUGACGACAGCCUUCCAGUAGAGCAGAUUGGCCUCGAUGAAAGUUUCUUCUCAGCGCUCCCUGUGGAACCGUCAUACAAUCAUUCUACACUGUCUGAGCAGGCUGCCCUGCAGGUCAGCGACGGGUUCAUGCCUGACGGCGGCGAGCUCAGCCACCCUCACGAUCCGUACUUCACCUCCACACAAGGCACGAUGGGGUACAUUGAUGGCCAGGAGAGCACUUUGUGGCAUGACACGCUCUACGGCCUCUUUACCACGUCGUUACCGUUUGGGUAA